AUGGCCACCGAAACCAUCACCCUGCCUCAGACGCCCACCACGCUCAACUACUACCUGGAGCUGAAGGAUGGAGGCAUCAUCCAGACCUAUCCAGGUACUGCCUUCGAGAAACGCCGGAAACAUGUGCCACACGAGGUCAAGAUCAACGACUUGCGCCCCAUCCACUCCGAAUUCACGCUCGACAAGGCUGGAUUCGAGUUGGUCCACUUCCCGACCAAGGUCAAGGAUUUUGGGAACGAAGAGGAGAUCAAACAGGUCUAUUACCCAGAAAUCACCGAGCUGGUCAAGAGAGUAACUGGAGGGGAUCAUAUUCACAUUCUCUCCCACAUGACUCGAAAUGCCACCACCGCUCAAGCCCUGGGGGAUGCGGCGAACAAGGCUGACACGGACUUCGUCACGAUUGUGAACCCAGCUAGGUUUGUUCACGUCGAUCAAUCCUACCGUGGUGCCGAACAAAUCCUGUACCUCAACCUGCCCGAGGAAGAGGCCGACCGACUGGUCAAGAAGCGGUGGGCCAUCGUCAAUGUCUGGCAGCCCUUCAACAAGCCGGUGACGCGCGAUCCGCUCGCGUUCUGCGACUACCGUUCGCUCGACGAGAAGGACUUCCGCACCGUGGUGGCCAACCUGCCCCCGCCCGGCGCCGGCGACUAUGCCAACGUUUCGAAGAACAUGGCCCACAAGCCCCGGUAUGAGUACAGUCUGAACGGCGAGAAGGCCCCGAGAUACGAGGUCACCAACCUGGCCUACAACCCAGACCAGAAGUGGUACUACAUCAGCGACCAGAAGCCCGAGGAGGCCUGGGUGUUCAAGAUCUUCGACUCCAAGAUGGAUGGCCGCGCCAAAUGUGCAGUGCACUCGUCCUUCCCUCUUCCCGAUCAGCCAGACGAGGGCGAGGCCCGGACCAGUGUGGAAAUCCGAUGCUUCGUGUUCUGGGAUGACGAAGAGGCUGAAUAG